GUUGUGUCUGAACGUUCCAUUGAGGGUUUUCCUGGCGAGUCUGAGCUUUCCAUCGGGGAUUCCCUCCAAUCUCCCCGGGUUCCGGGACUGGAAAGCGGAGACGACGAUGAUGGUGAACGAGGCGGCAUCGCGGGGCGCCACGCACACGGUGCCAACCGACGAGACAGUGCACGUGGUGGAGUUUAACCCUUUCGAGGACUGCGGCACUGGCAGCCUGGUCGCCUACGGAGGCGACAACUACAUCGUGGUGGGGAGCUGCCGCUUUCAGGAAGAAGAUGCGGAAAUUAAAGGUAUGGAAUUCAAGACACUUCAGACAUUUCAUCGAGGAAUACGGGUGGAUUCUAUUGCGUGGAGCCCAGAAACUAAGAUGGACACACUGACACAACUGAUCCAGUUUUGCACAGCAGAUGCAGACAGAAACUUGAGGCUGCUAACAUCUGAUCUCAAGGAAAACACCAGGUGGCAGGUAAUAGAAGGUCAUACUGAUUACAUCAACGAUCUAGUAUUUGACCCCAACACUGGGAAACAGAUCGCAAGUGUUAGUGAUGAUCACACAUGUCGUAUCUGGGACCUUGAUGGAAACCAAAAGACAUCGUUUCUCCUUCACUCUCCAGGAAUGAGCUUGUGUUGGCAUCCUGAGGAGAUGUACAAGCUGAUGGUGGCACAAAAGAAUGGGAUCAUUCGUUUUUAUGACCUGGUCACUCUGCAGGCCAUCCUGUCUCUGGACUGUGGGCAGAUGCCAUUGAUGUCAGCAGACUGGUGUUUGGGCAACACCAUCAAAGUUGGUGCGGUUGCGGGGAAUGAUUGGUUGAUCUGGGAUAUCACUCGCUCCAGUUACCCUCAAGAGAAGAGACCAUCACACUUGGAUGGAGCGCGACAGUUCCGAUGGUCAAAAGCCAAUGAGAAUCUUUUUGCGACGACUGGCUACCCAGGCAAGAUGAACAGCCAAUUACUCGUCCAUCAUUUGGGUCAUCCCCAGGUGAUAACUGACAAAUAAAUAUGAGCAAAGACAUUGAGGAUAAACACCCUCCCACAUCCUUGAAAUAGCAUCAUGGGAUCUUUUAUAUUCACAAUCGAGAACAGAUGUGAUGUACACAUACUCUACAGGGCGUUCCAAAAUAUUUAAGGUAAUGAAUUUUUUUUGUCACAAAGGGUAUUCACAGUUGUGGACAAACUCAGCUGUCUUAUCAGCAAGUUCUUGCAAAUAGCAAAUGGGAUGGUUAGCUAUGGGCAGAGAAGUAAAUGUUGGCAAGGAGAGCACCUCCACUUCUCUGAGUCUGAAUUAAGCAUAGUAGCUGAGGCAGGCUGACCAUGGCA